UCUGGAGCACCCGUCCUUGGGGGGUCCUUUGGUUAUGGCAACCUGGGCUAUGGGGGUCUGUCUGGCUACGGGGGCUCCUCCUUUGGCUAUGGAGGUCUGAAUGGAUAUGGGGGUUCCUCCUUUGGCUAUGGAGGUCUGAAUGGAUAUGGAGGCUCCUCCUUUGGCUAUGGAGGUCUGAAUGGAUAUGGGGGCUCCUCCCUGGGCUAUGGGGGCUCUUCCUUGGGUUACAGGGGUCUGUAUGGCUAUGGUAGAUCUUACAGUUCUGGCUCUUGCAGCCCUUACUCCUACCGGUAUAGCAGGUACAGACGUGGCAGCUGUGGAACCUUCUAA